UUUGCGAUAAAUUACGCUGAUAGUCUUCUAGAUGUCGUUUCUAGGCGGCCCGUACCGCCCGCGAUGUAUCGUGACACCCUUUUAGCUCCUCCCAGAGAACAGAUUCUGGGACCAAGGUACUACAGUCUCAGAUACUAGAAGCGACUUGUGCGACCUGUCGCAAAGGUACCUGCUUUUCGUCGGUCUUCUUAGGUAACCUGGGCGUUGUUGAGUACUCUCCAACCAGCGCGCAUGAAAUCCGUGUCUCAACCCUUCGAGCGGACCUGCCGGAUGAGCACGUCAACGGCGCCUCUCACAUGAAGCAUGAUCAACCUUUCUGUCUAGGGUAUCAAUUUAUUAACUAUAUAGACCCUGAGGACGCGGUAUGGAGCACCCCAUAGCAACUUCAUUCCUCGGUUCAUUCCGCCCGCUGUAUCAAAACAGACUCGAACUCCUCGCCGAAACCCCUCGAUUGCGCGAGACUCUGUCUCUCGACAAUCACUCGUUCAUUUCCGCAAGAUGGCAAAGCUGUCUUUGCUGCUGGCAGUAAGCCAGCUUACACUCGUUUAUACCCAUCCGGCGGGAGAUCUGAAGCGACAAGCCAUCUCGAUAUCUACGAACCUCGAGGCGACCACCAGUUACAGCACAGCCAUCGAAACGCUGCAAACAGCGACAGUGACCACUCGUCCCUCGCUCACAGGGACCAUCUUGACUGCCCUCCCUACAAACGGCGGCAUCACCAGAGAUCCUGCCAAUCCACCUGGUGAGACCAAAACGACUGAUCCUUUGUGCCCUGAAGAGAGCGGCCUCAACCCAGGUCCUACACAGCCGAUCGGGGCACCAUCACAAAACGUCUUCUCGCCGUUGCCAUUAGCCACUCCAGUACCUGCACCUUCGAUACCAUUUAGAGGCGACCAUCCUGUGCAGAAGCAGAACAUCCUCGAUAGCAACGUACCUCUUCAGACGAACAAAUUCUAUGCCAACUUUUUCCUCGGCAGCAGGAGCCAGUCAGUAUGGACGCAUCCCUUCUCGUUGUCCUGGGCGCAGGGUCGAGGAUCCACCUAUGGCAUGGCUAUCAGUCAUACUGAACGCAGUCAACUCGCUUUCGGUCCGAAUCCCAGCAGUCCGCAAUACUUCAUCUCACCUAUUGGCAUCCAACACAUGGCACUGUCCGCGGCUGAACUGAGAGAGGGAACAGUCAUGAACGUUGACAACUUAAAGGCAUUUUCGGUCUAUGCCAACUUUGCUGCAUCUCCAGGCGCGAGGAUCUUGAUGUCUGUACCUGUGGUUCAAGGUAUGGGCAUGAUUACUGCAGUCUAUGACAACGCUCAACCCAUGCUUACCAGCGGUGUCUUCUUCCGCAACCUGAACUUCACUGGACCCGUCGACGACCGCAAUAUUACGUUCAAGUACAAUCUACAACUCGAGGAUGGAUCCUCGUGGCUCUUGUAUGUUACGCCUCUUCGAGCUGAUGGUAUUCCGCCGAUGACAUUGGCUGGAGGUAGCACCAUUCGUGGUCCAGAGGCAUUCACGGGUCUAGUCCAAGUCACUAAGAAUCCAGCCGGCGCAGAAGGCGAGCGCAAGUUCGAUGCCAGUGCCGGUACAUAUGCGACUGAAGCAAAUAUCUCUGGCUCGGUCAACGGUGCGGCAGGGAGCUACACUUUAUCGUGGACCAAGCAGGGUGUGACCAGUCGGCCACUGAUCAUGUACGCUCUGCCACACCAUGUCGAAACAUUCGACCAGGAGACGCGAGGUGCUAUGACUGGCAUACAGUUGAUCACAACCACAAAGGGUGCAGCUACAGCGGUUCAAGCAGACAGGUUCACCAUGAUUGAGCCUGAUCUUCCCACGACGAUCGGCUUCGCGCCUUGGGCUAAGGCUGCCAGUGGUGUUCAAGGCGGCAUAGAGAACGUGAAUCUGGCUGCGUCCGCGCUGCAGCUUGUCAAUGCUGCGGGUACCUCUGAGUUGAGACAGGACUUCAUCUCGCAGACAAGCUUGAACAGCAUGUACUACUCGGGCAAGGGACUCGCAAAAUUUGCUGGUAUCAUUUACACCAUGCAAACGAUGGCUGGGAACAGUAAUCUAGCCGCUGCAGGUCUCGGGAAACUCAAGGACGCUUUCAAUGUCUUCGUCAACAACACGCAGCCCGAACCUCUCGUAUACGACACUGUAUGGAAGGGUGUAGUAUCCGGUGCGUCUUACAGGUCACCUGCUCGAGACUUAGGUCUGGACUUCGGCAACACCGCUUACAACGACCACCACUUCCAUUACGGGUACUUCGUGUACACUGCUGCAGUAAUCGGCCAUCUGGAUCCAUCUUGGCUUGGGGAAGGUACUAACAAGCAGUGGGUCAACACGCUCGUGCGCGACUACGCCAACCCCGUGACUGACGACUACUUCCCGUUCUCACGUGCUUUCGACUGGUUCCACGGUCACUCUUGGGCGAAGGGUCUUUUCGAGUCCGGUGAUGGUAAGGAUCAAGAGUCUACAUCAGAAGACACAUUCGCGACCUUCGCGCUCAAGAUGUGGGGAAAGAUAUCUGGUGACGCCAACAUGGAAGCUCGUGGCAACCUUCAGCUUGCCGUGCAAGCCCGCAGCGUCCGCAACUACUUCCUGCUGAAGUCCGACAACAAGAACCAGCCCGAGCAGUUCCUCUUCAACAAGGUGACCGGUAUUCUUUUUGAGAACAAGUGCGACCACGUCACGUACUUUGGCAGCAACAUCGAAUACAUCCAGGGAAUCCACAUGAUCCCGCUGAACCCCAGCUCUGCAUACACUCGCCCCAAGGACUUCGUCACCGAGGAAUGGAACACGUUCUUCAGCAACGGCCGUGUCGACCGGAUCGCCGGAGGCUGGCAAGGCAUCCUGUACGCCAACCUCGCGCUCAUCGACCCUCAGACGAGCUACAACUACUUCGCCAGCGAUAAUUUUGACUACGGCUCUCUCGACGGCGGCGCGAGUCGCACCUGGUAUCUCGCAUACUCUGCGUCUAUGCUCAAUCUCCGCGCUGCAAAGGCCGAGCAGGGUACGACGCUGCAGUACCCGCCACAGCAGCAGCCUCAGCCUCCUCAGCAAGAAGCAGAGCCCUCGUACGAUGUCCCAGCUCCCGCACCGCCUACUCAGGAAGCGCCGCAGCCGCAGCCGACCCAGCAGCCAGAGCAGCAACAGCCUCAAGCGCAACCUCAGCAACCCGAACAGCCGCCUCAGCCUCAGCCUCCCCAGCAGGAACAGCCUCAGCCUUCCCAGCAGGAACAACCUCAGCAGGAAGAGGCGCCUCCAGUACACCCAUCACAAGAGCAGUCCGCCGAGGCGCCAGUCGAAGCGCCCUACACCGACUCUGCAUCGCAAUGGAUCGACUACGAGCCCAGCGAGUCUGGGCCAACCCAGGCCGUCCCCACGCAGCCUGAGGACGAUUACACUGACUGGCGCAGCUACUUCAACAAGUAUCGUGAUAAUGCGCUCGAGGAGGGGAGGCCGAGACUAGGAAAUCCUUGGGAUAUGCCAUAUGAUCGUGCCGUGGUGGCCGAGAAUGCAGUGGAGGGUGGAGAGGAAAAUGUGGACGGUGAUGAGGGGGAGUGGAAGGAUGUGCUUGACUGUGAGGACGAGGACGGGGUUGAGGCGCAGGGGUAGAAGGAGGUAGCUCGAAGGUUUGCAAGUGCACCUCGUGGAGAGAUGAUACUGCUGCGUCCCGACCAACUCGGGCACGCAGUGGUGGAUUGCGAUUGAUGCUAAUGACGGUGGCGCUGUGGUUCUUGUACCUAGUGAUGAUUGAUGGCUUAUGAUUGUUCGGGUAGAUAUCUUAUUCGUGUAAAGAGGUAGUUGAAU